UUUUCCUCUGCAAGCCCGCCCCCAAUCACGAACUUGACGAUACUCCACAGCGUCCGUGAGUAGCUGCUGUUGGCGAUGGCACUUCGAAUCAGUCGCACAGCUCACCGCUUCCCCACCCCGCACGUCAGUCUAGCCAGCACGCACUACAAACCACGGCGCCUCAAUUGGUCGACUUGGAGAUACGUUCGCCAAUUCAGGCUGUACAUCGCAGCUUGCAUAUCGAUCAUCGUCAUGGCGACCCCGAGCUGUACGCGGAUGGGGAAGCAAGCAGAGCUUUGCGAUUGUCGCUGUGCCACCUGAUCGGAGCUACCCCAAAUCGCCCUGCCCCAGAGCUCCUUCGUGCUCGUUCAUAGCUCCUGGAGCUAGCUACCCCUCUGCUCAUC